AUGGCCAUAAAACGCUUCACCUCACUUCAUUGCAUCAUUUUCUUGUCAGCCUUUGCCAUAUUCUGGCUGGCCUGGUCUAGCUUCAGGUUACGAGAUGGUGAUUCGUUAAUGUCAUCGUCGUCAAAGGAUUCAUACAGAGGCAAUAAUGGAGGCCCAGGGAUGAUCAACGAAAACUAUGUCAACGUCGGCUCUGAAGGCUCUGAGCACGACUUGGCCUCUGUGACGGAUCGCACGAGCUCAUCCCUGGAAACGCUCCACAAGCCCUACACGAUUAUCACCGCGGCGUCCUCGAACCAUUUCUGCGCACUCGAGUCCUUCCUCUAUUCCCUCUCCGAGAUUCUCGACGGAUUGGAGCGGACAGAAGUCCGACCGAGGAUUGUGGUCUACAACCUCGGAGGCAUGACUCCAGAGCAAGUAACACAGAUGAAGUGGCUCAAGGACAACCAGUACAUGGACGAGUAUCAUGACUUCGAUUACUCAAUCUAUCCAGACUUCUGGGACAUCACCGUCGCAAGAGGAGAGUACGGGUGGAAGGCCGGAAUCAUCAAGGAGGUCGCGGACAAGUACCGUGGGCUGCUUCUGUGGUUGGAUUCAGGCAAUAUGCUGGCACUGGACUUUUUGAGGUACUUACCUGGAUACCUGGAGAAGUACGGGUUCUGGAGCCCUCAGAGCUCGGGCAACCUCCAGCAGUACACCCAUCCGGGUCUUCCACAGUACUAUGGCGAACCACUCGAGAAGUAUGGGGCGGAGACAAACUGUAAUGGAGCGGCGGUUGCGUUCGAUGCAUCGCAGGAUCGGAUCUAUAACGGAAUUUUGAAGGAAUGGUAUGUUUGCUCGUUGACCAAGGAUUGUAUCGCACCACCAGGGUCUUCGAGAGCAAAUCAUCGACAGGAUCAAGCGGCGUUGACAUUCCUAGCAAAGUAUAUGCAGUUCACAGAGCAGUGCCGGCAUUUCCCAGAGCACUAUGGAGUGACGGUCCAUCAGGAUAAGGUCUGCAAGGAGAGGAUACGAGCGUACAAAAUUAUGAAGGGCAUGGAUGAGGAAGGCGAUGCGGACAAUGAUAACUAG